ACAGCAAACUCUAGUACCGUCAAGCCAUUUUCAAAAAAAAAAAAAAAGGUUCACUCCUUUCUCUUCCAUUUUCAGCUUCUACAGCAAGCUUUUGCUCUCUCCCACUCUCUAAUGGCUCGAAACAAGGAAGGAUUGGUGCUGUUACUCGAUGUCGGUCCAACAAUGUACAGUGUUCUUCCUGAAAUUAAAAAAGUUUGCUCCAUGCUUAUUCAGAAAAAGUUGAUUUAUGGAAAAUUCGAUGAGGUUGGAGUUGUUGUUUUCGGGACUCAAGAGACUGACAAUGAGCUGACGAAAGAAGUAGGUGGGUACGAGCAUGUUGUCGUCUUACGAAAUAUCAAAGUUGUUGAUGGAGAUCUUGUUGAUGCAUUUCAAGAGCUCCCUCGAGGAAACUUUGAUGGAGAUUAUCUUGAUGCUAUUGUUGUUGGAAUGGAUAUGCUGAUAAAGAAGUAUCAAGCAACAAACAAAGGAAAAAAGCGUCUGUGUCUUAUUACAAAUGCACUGUGCCCUAUUAAAGAUUCAUGUGAAGGGACCAAGGAAGAUCAAGUGAACACUAUCGCGGCUCAAAUGAGUGCACAUGGAAUGAAAAUGGAAAGUGUUAUUGUGAGGGGAAGAUUAUGCGGGGGUGGAGACCAGAGAAUAAUGGCUGAAAAUGAUCGACUGCUGAAUCUUUUUUCAGAGAAAACAUCUGCCAGGGCAGUGUAUGUUGAGAGUCCAACUGCAUUGUUAGGUGCAGUUAAAACUCGAAAUAUAUCUCCAGUAACAAUAUUCAGAGGUGAUCUUGAACUUGGGUCCAAGAUGAAGAUUAAGGUGUGGGUCUACAAAAAAACCUCAGAGGAGAAAUUUCCCACUCUGAAGAAAUAUUCUGAUAAAGCGCCUCCAACUGACAGAUUUGCGACGCAUGAAGUCAAAGUAGAUUAUGAGUACAAAAGUGUGGAAGAUCCUAAUAAGGUUGUUCCUCCAGAACAAAGAAUUAAGGGUUACAGAUAUGGACCACAAGUUGUUCCAAUAUCAUCUGCUGAGUGGGAUGCUGUCAAAUUCAAACCAGAAAAAAGCGUGAAGCUUCUAGGAUUUACUGAUGCUUCAAACAUAAUGCGGCACUACUACAUGAAAGAUGUCAACGUCUUUAUUCCUGAACCAGGCAAUGCAAGGGCUGCUCUUGCAGUUUCUGCUUUAGCUAGAGCAAUGAAGGAAAUGAAUAAGGUUGCAAUUUUGCGAUGUGUCUGGAGACAAGGACAAGGGAGUGUUGUUGUGGGGGUUCUGACACCCAACAUAUCUGAGAAAGACAGCACUCCUGAUUCAUUUUACUUCAAUGUACUUCCUUUUGCCGAGGAUGUCCGGGAAUUUCAAUUUCCAUCUUUCAGCAGUUUUCCAGCUUCAUGGCAGCCGAAUGAGCAGCAGCAAGAGGCCGCAGAUAACCUUGUAAAGAUGCUUGACCUUGCACCAUCUGCCAAACAGGAAGCUCUACUGCCUGAUUUCACACCAAAUCCUGUUCUGGAGCGGUUUUAUCGUCAUCUUGAAUUAAAGUCAAAGCAUCCAGAUGCAGCUGUGCCUCCACUGGAUGAAACUCUCAAAACAAUAACUGAAGCUGAUCCAGAUCUUCUUUCUGAAAAGAAAAAUGUAAUGGAUGCAUUUUAUAAGAGCUUUGAACUCAAGGAGAAUCCAAGGCUAAAGAAAUCAAGCAAGCGGUUAUUGGAGAAAAAACCCUCUGGUUCUGAUGAGGAUUAUCAAGAUACAACCAAUGCUCUAGUUGUCAAGCCUGUUAAGGUUGAAAAAAUUGGGGAUUCAAGUCCAGUUCAAGAUUUUGAAGCGAUGAUGUCAUGCAGAGAUAGUCCAGAUUGGGUUAGUAAAGCAAUUCAGGAUAUGAAAAAUAAAAUAUAUAGCCUGGUUGAGAAUUCCUAUGAUGGGGAUAAUCAUGGUAAAGCAAUGGAAUGUCUACUUGCCCUUCGCAAAGGUUGCAUCCUUGAGCAAGAACCUAAACAGUUCAAUGAUUUCCUUCACCAUCUUUUCAAUGUCCGCCAAGAGAAAAAGUUUCGCAAUUUCUGUGAAUCCCUCAUACCCAAAGGACUCACUUUGAUUUCAAAGUCAGAAGCCAUAGACAGUGAGGUUACAGAUGAUGAAGCUAGAAACUUUCUGGUUAAAAAAGAGCUGAAAUUUGAGUGAGAACGAGACAUAAUGUAAAGUUUGAUUCCUUGUGGUCAUGUUGUAUUUUGCUGAUUCUAGGUAUCUGACUAGAAUCAUAUGCGUGUAUAGGGUCAUCUAAAUCUUAAAAUACAGGGGGAUUGAUGUACGAAUUUCCUCUGAAACUUCCAUUUUAGAAGCUGGCUUGACUAUGGGAAGCCUUGUUUAGAAAUUAAUCAUAACAUUUUGUUA